AUGGACGAACAAGUUAGACACUUCCUUCUCGAACGUUUCAACGCAGGCGAUUCCAUCGAUCAAGCCUAUUCUGAUCUGUUGCCGAUACUUAGAGGCAGGGCGAUUCCAAUAGACGCUGAUGAGCCAGAACCAGAGCCUGACUUUGUCGCUUAUGAGCGAGCAGAAGGAAGUGGACCGCCGAGAUUUUCCGACCGGAUUGAGAAUUAUGCGAGUCGGGAAGAUGAUGAAGAUCGGUACUAUUUGACAAAUAUUCGAGAUUUGUACAAUGAAUUUGCGCUGGAGAAAUUCAAUAAAUUAAAAGAAAAUGGCGAGAAGGUGCUGAAAAGGAUGACCGAUAUCUUGCAAUUAAUAACUCUUCGAAGAAUCACAAGAGCCUUCUCAGAACUCGCCAACUGGUUCGAAAUCCGUCUCGAAAGAGUGAAAUUCGAAUUCGCUAGUGUUGUCGAUGAGCAAUGGGCACGAAUCGAUAUAACCGAGGAGAGAGAGGACUUGUCAACUUCUAUUUUAUACCUACAACAUCGCAGAAGUGUUCUCGUUUCUUACAAUGGACGGAACUUAACACGAAUCGAUAAUCGGAAUCAUAAGGAUAUCGCAGCGUUUGAUCUGGCAUUUAUUCUCCAGAGACUCGAACAACCAUUAGAGGAAUUGAAGUUCCGUAUCAAGCCAUACGAGAAAAACGAUCGGAAAUUGUUUCCCAACCUCGGAGUGUAUUCCAUUAUUGAUUCCAUUCUACGCGACUACGUUCACCCAUACCAAGUCAAAACACAGUGCCUUAAUUUCAUGUUCACCAGAGAACAAAGAUUCAAAGAUAUUGAUUGCGAGGAUUGUUUGGAUUCAGAAAAUCUGAUGUGUAUUCUGAAGUAUCUGGAACCGGGCACCCUUGACUGUCUGGCACUUCGAGUAUGGGAUGAUACACAUGUUGUGACAGGAUGGCAGCAUAUAUUAACACUUUUAAAGCUUUUACAAAAGUGUGACAUGUGCAAUAUGAUCAUUAUGAGACCGACGAUUUUGGUAACGGAGCAAUGGAAGAGAUUGGAAACUUUGGAUAUACGGGACCUGUAUGUUUUCAAAGAUUGGGCUAGGUUCACUCAUCUUCAAAGGAUCAAUCUUUUUUCGUUUUCUGUGCGGGAAGUUCGUCAAGCGAGAUUGAUAUUCAAACAUUUUCCACCACGACGCGAAUACCAAAUAACCGUUGAGGAACCAAUGAAUCUGCCUGGAAUUCAUCGCGCAUAUCCUGAAACGAACAUUCAUCAUGUGGGAGGCUUUCCUGAAAGGAUCAAUAUGAUUCUAGAACGUUAUUUCCAAAAACCGAUUGUGAUGGAAUUUACGACGAAUGAGGUUUCAGUCCACGUUUGGAAUGGGAAUGAAGACCACUUGAAGAUGAGAAACUUCCUGCUCAACAAAUUCAAAAAAAGGGUUCCCAUCCGUCUGGCUCAUGAAUACUUGGUUAGAUGGACUUCGACUCUUAAAUACGAUUUAGUUGAGCAAGUUCAACCGAGAGUGAGGAUUGGGAAUCUGCCAAGAGAACGAUGUUGUUUCUUUUGUGAAGAGCCAUUUGAGGAGUUUGAGGAUAACGAAUCGGAUAGAUAUAGACUCACCAUGGUCCGAGAUUUUUAUGAGGAAUUUGCUGAUGAGUUCUUUGCUAGCAUUGAGAAUAUCCUUCAAGAAAAAGUCGGCAACAUAUUGCAAUUAAUGUUCUGUCGACGACUCUCCAAGAGGUGCUCAGAGCGAACAAAAACAACAACAACGAUAGAAAUUCAAAUGGAAAAAUUGAAAGUGACGAUUUAUCCAAACAAGGAGCUUCGCAUCUACAUAAGAACAAAACGCGAAUGGGGUCGUAUAAUCUACUUUCCAAAAGGACCCGAUACCUGCAUUGCCUACUAUUGGAAUGAACAAGAUUGCCCGAAAGCCGGUGUCCUAUACAAAACAGUUGUUAAGAAUCGAAUGCCAUGUUUUGUGGCGGCUUCUGACUUGACAUUUCUCAUAAGGAGACACUCGGGUAUAUUGGAUGAGUUGGAGUUUACCCUUGACACAUGGCGCAAGACGCACCCUCUGGAAUUCCCCGAUAUUUCUGCAUUAGAAGUGUUUGACGAAUUUUUUCAAGCAUCUGCUAAAAAGUGUCUUGAAACGAUUCCAGUUCAAAAGCUGACAUUCAUGUUCACUAGAGAGAAACGAUUCCAGGAUCCGGACAGUGAGGAAUGGCAAGACUCUCAUGCGUUAUGGUUCAUUUUGAAACAUCUGAUAACGGAGAACCUGGCCACGUUGGCACUUCGAGUAUGGGAUGACAAGGAAGUGGUGAAUAGCGAGAAGUAUCGAGAAAAAUACGAACGGCUCAAACAAACUAAAAUAGGAGGAAGAUUGAAGAUGUUUAUGAACGAUACGAUUACUUCGAUGGAUCAGUGGCGUCAAAGGAUGACUUUGGAUAUUCGAGAUGAUUUGCUUAUGAAGGAUUGGCAACAGUUUACGCACUUCUUGGAAGUCCAAGUCAAAUCAAUGAGUAUUGCUGAGAUUGAUGCAGCAUUAGCGGUCUUGCUACGAAAUCUCACUGACGACUACGGUAUCCAGGUGGACACCUCACUUCCUUUGAAUGCGAUCGCUCGACAUUUCCAGGAUCACGAACGCAAUGACGAUACUCUAACGAUCGCAAGGACAUCAUUUGAUAACUUAAUACCCGUUCAUAUAGACUUUGAGAAGUAUCGAAUUUCGUUGUUUGUCGAACAACUUUUGUGA